CUUUUAAGCUGGCUGCGCUUCGGGACAUGUCAGUCUGACUCUGAUCACCGAGAAAAAUAAGAAUAAACCCGAAAAACUGCAGCGAGGAGCUUCCUAAAAUGGAUCUGGUCUCCGGUGCGUCCCUCAGGCUUCUGUUUCUGUCUCUGGUACUGGUUCAGAUCCCAGUCCAGACCCUGUCCAGUUCUGUGACCUACAAACAAACGGAGAACAAACCGCCCCCGAGGAGUGCUGACGUGGCUCUGCAUUACAACACAUACCUCCAGCAGGUAGUGCAGUACCUGGAGAAAGACCCACACUUCAGAGAGAAGCUGCGCACUGUGAACGCUACUGACAUCCAGGACGGCUCUCUGUCUCAGGAGCUGGACUUUGUGCAUCACAGCAUCAGAACUAAACUGGACGAACUCAAGAGAGAAGAAAUCACCCGUCUGAGAAUGCUCCUGAAGGCCAAGAGAGACCUCAAACUCAAGAAAGGAAAAGGUCAGUUCCGGGACCAUCAGGCUCUGCUCAAACACUUUGACCACAUGGACUUCACAAAUCCUCACGGGUUUGAGGUGGAAGACCUGGAUCGACUCAUCAAAGCGGCCACUAAAGACCUGCAGACGGUGGACGAGCAGCAGCAUGCAGCGUUCAAACGUUACGAGAUGUUGAAGGAACAUGAAAGACGAGAACGUCUGAAGAACAUGACUUUAGAGGAGAAAGAGAGAGAAGAGAGACAGUACCAGGAGAAACGAGAGAAGCACAGCAAGCAUCCAAAACUCAACCACCCUGGCAGUGAGGACCAGCUGAAGGAGGUGUGGCAUGAGACAGACGGACUGGAUGAGGCCGACUUCAACCCCAAGACUUUCUUCAGACUACAUGACACAAACCAGGACGGGUAUCUGGACAAGGAUGAGCUGGAGGCUCUGUUCACUCGUGAGUUGGCCAAAGCCUAUGACCCUGAGAACGAGGAGGAUGACAUGAUGGAGAUGGAGGAGGAGAGACUGAGAAUGAGAGAAGUAGUCAUGACUGAGGUGGACACAGAUGCAGACCAAAUUAUCUCUGAACAAGAGUUUAUGGAACACACCAAAAGACAAGAGUUCCACAAGAAUGAAGAGUGGGAGACCGUGGACCAUGAGCCAUUCUUCACAGACGCAGAGAUGAGGGAGUUUGAGGAACAUCUGAUGAAACAGAUGGAGCAACAUGAGACUGACACGGAGCAGCUGGAGAGACAGAAGCACGAGCUCGAGGAGAAGCAGAAGCAACUGGACGCUCAGAAACAGCAACUGGAGCAGGCCUGGAGUCAGUUUGACAAACUGAAGGAGAAGAGGGAGCCCGGGGACGAGCAUCAUGAAGAAGAGGCAGUUCACGAGUCCAGUCCGAAGCCACACCACUCCUGAACCAGAACUAAACCAGGACUGGACAAGACUGAACUAGGACUAAACCAUGUCUGAGCCAGGCUGUGCCCUGCAGUCCCUCUUUGGAUCUGACUCUGUAGGUCCGGAUUUCUCCUUCUUUCACCUUCUCUUCAAAUGAUUGAAAAUUGUUAAUUUAAUUUCAUCAGCUGGAUUGAAGUGAAUGAAGUCCCAAAAUAGUUUAAAAUCAUCUAGCUGUAGAUCUCUGACCAAAGAGAGGACAUUGUGCUGUAACCAUUCUGACCUUUGUCAAGUUCAGUUUUUCAGAUACUCAUUUUAUUUUAUUUUAUUUCAUUUUGAUAUUUAUUAAAGCCUUGCAUUAUUUAUGUCAUUUGUCAUAACCAGGUCACAUAGAACUUUAAAAAUACUGUACAUUUUAUAAAGUAUCAGUGACAGAUAUGAUUUAACCAUAAACUGUGAUGUUUCUGUUCUGAAUGUGCUUAAUAAAAGACAUGUGCAAAAUGACA